AUCGCUCAGACAACAAACAAAAGAUCGAGGCUAGCCGAGCUCGCCGGAGUCGACCCGUCCUCUGACGUUAGCGCUGACUGAGGCUCCUCUCCGCACCGCGACAUUCGCCUCUGCCCUCUCACCACUUCCUCCAUCACACUGCACGAUAGACGUCCCCUCGGUACUCUUCACCUCUGUGGCCGCUCAGGUCCGCCUGAGCAGUGACAGCGGUCGCUUCGCCUCUGUGGCUAAGCUAAGCGCGUUAGCUGCUCGGAUAAACCAGCUCUGGCCAGCGGAGUCAGUUAGCAUAGCCUGCUAACAGUGAAGCUAGUUAGCUUAGCCCGCUAAGCUAACCUGCUAGCUACCCCUCUUCCCUCCUCCCCCUCCUUAACAAACUUGACACUGACUGACACAAGUGGCUUUGGCUUGUUUUAGUAACAAGUCAUUUUUUAUUAACACUCGUGUCGCUGCCAUGUCCGCACAGACGUCUGGCUGCGGCUUCCUCAUGUCGGUGGUUGUCCACGGAGACGCGGCUCUGAACGAGCAGGAAAAGGAGCUCAACCAACGACUCCGACGGCUCUAUCCGGCCGUCAACGAGAGCGAGACGCCGCUCCCUCGCUCCUGGAGCCCGAAGGACAAAUUCAGUUACAUCGGCCUCUCCCAGAACAACCUGCGUGUGCACUAUAAAGGUCACGGCAAAACCCCUAAAGAUGCGGCUUCUGUACGCGCCACUCAUCCCAUCCCAGCUGCCUGUGGAGUCUACUACUUUGAGGUGAAGAUCAUCAGUAAAGGCAGAGAUGGGUACAUGGGCAUCGGCCUCUCAGCUCAGGGUGUAAACAUGAACAGGCUCCCAGGUUGGGACAAGCACUCGUAUGGUUACCACGGUGACGACGGCCACUCCUUCUGCUCGUCAGGCACGGGGCAGCCCUACGGCCCGACCUUUACAACGGGUGACGUGAUUGGCUGCUGCGUGAACCUCAUCAACAACACGUGUUUCUACACAAAGAACGGCCACAGCCUAGGUAUCGCCUUCACAGAUCUACCACCGAACCUUUACCCGACCGUGGGCCUGCAGACUCCGGGCGAGGUGGUGGACGCUAACUUCGGACAGCACCCGUUUGUGUUCGACAUUGAGGACUACAUGCGGGAGUGGAGGACAAAGAUUCAGGCUCAGAUCGACCACUUCCCCAUCGGAGAGCGCGAGGGCGAGUGGCAGUCCAUGAUCCAGAAAAUGGUGGCGUCUUACCUGGUUCACCACAGCUACUGUGCCACGGCUGAAGCCUUUGCCAAAUCCACCGACCAGGCCGUGCACGAGGAGCUGGCCUCCAUCAAAAACCGACAGAAGAUCCAGAAGCUGGUGUUGUCGGGCAGAAUGGGCGAGGCCAUCGAGACCACCCAGCAGCUCUACCCCAACCUUCUGGAGAGGAACCCAGACCUUCUCUUCAUGCUCAAGGUCAGACAGUUCAUAGAGAUGGUGAACGGGACAGACAGUGAGGUCAGGUGUCUCGGAGGACGCAGUCCAAAGUCUCAGGACAGUUACCCUGGCUCCCCCCGACCCUUCAGCAGCCCCAGUCACAAAGCCAGCAGCUCACAGCCGUACCUCACAGGGUAUGACAGUAACUGCUGUAAUGGUGUGACGUCCAGUAAGAGCCACAGCUCCUCCCCACACAGUCACAAGCCCUGCCCCCCAGCUUCUGGCUCCACCCUCCUAGCCUCUGACAUCAGCCUUAACGGCAGCCGCAGUCAAGCUUCUUUAAGCAGCAGCGACGUGGACAUGGAGGUCGACCACUUCACCAACGGACUCACACAAACCUCCACUAAUGGUUUCCUCAACGGCAGCUCCAAACACACGGCUGAGCCGGACGACUGUGACGCCGACAUGGAGGUGGAGUCUGCUCACUCUAAGCGGCAGCUGUGCGGCGGCAGUCAGGCCGCCAUCGAGAGGAUGAUCCAUUUCGGCAGAGAGCUGCAGAGCAUGAGCGAACACCUGCGCCGCGAGUGUGGCAAGAACUCCACUAACAAGAAGAUGCUGAAGGACGCCUUCAGUCUGCUCGCCUACUCUGACCCUUGGAACAGUCCAGUCGGUUACCAGCUGGACGCCAUUCAGAGAGAACCCGUCUGCUCCACCCUCAACAGUGCAAUACUAGAGACUCACAAUCUGCCCAAACAGCCCCCACUGGCCCAGGCGGUUGGUCAGGCCGCUCAGUGCCUCGCCAUCAUGGCACGGACUGGCAGCGGCUCCUGCGCCUUCGCCUCUGUGGACGAUUACUUACACUAGCCCCAUCAACACACACACACACACACACACACACACAGGACCUGUCCAGAAGUGUAUUUGUCACUUGUGAGCCGAGGGAGUUGCAGAAACUAGAGGUGGACCCAUGUGAAGAUAGAUGAAACCAUGACAGCUGAUAACAAUGGCUGAUAGCCCGCCCCCUCUCUCCUAAAUCACAAAAUGAAAAAGACAUGAAGUGAUUUUUGGUUUACUUUCUAAACUUUUCUUUCUGCUGAUGUAGAAAAAAACGUUUUCUUUUUAGUUCUUCAAAAACAUCAAAACAAUGUGGUGUAUAUGUGGCCCUGUAACGGGCCUGUAUGUGGCACUGUAACGCGCCCGUCCAUAUGUGGCGCUGUAACGCACCCGUCCAUAUGUGGCACUGUAACAGACCUGUUCUAAUAACAUGUUGGAGCAGUAAUCUGCGUUCUAAUAACAUGUUGGAGCAGUAAUCUGCGUGUCCACUCAAGGCAGCGCAGACUUCACAGUAGGGUGAAUAUUUCUCUGGUUUAUUUGUUCCGUAUAACAAAAACAGAAUUAAAAGUGAACAAAAGGAGACGUGAGAACAACUCGACAUGAAUGGAACAUACGUAUAUUUAUCAUACUGAUGAUUUUCUGGUUUCUUUGCUCCAUAAAACAAAGAAAUCAUUGAAACUAUAACAUGACAUUUGAGAACCUAAUCAUUUCCAGGUUUGAUCGACGUUUUCUGGACUAAAGGAUUCUAAGAUUGAUGGAGAAACUGAUCAUUAGAAUCAUUGGACGUCAGGGUUCUCUGCUAUUCAGUUGAGUAAACUCUGCAUGAUAUUUUAUCGCUGAUUUAUCGUGAAACAAAUACGUUAGAAGUGAUAUUAUCGGUAAAGUUAGCCGUGUUUGUGUCUUGACAUCGCGAGGUUUGCUCCGAGUUUCCGAGUUGUUCCAUUUAUAAAUGGAACGCACCAUCAGAGUUUACAGUCCGCUAGUUCUUGAAUGUCGGAUCCAAUCCGAUAAAUUGGUCGACCUCUAGUUGAACCCUCUGACUGUCUCUUGAUGACCAGGAGACGUUUCUGGACAGGUCUUUACUCAAACACACACACGUCCUUUUCCAUCCAUUAGCUCCAGGAUUGGUCCUCUCUCACGUCCUAGCAAAGCUACGUCAGCGCGGCUCUGACUGACGGCGGUGGACGAGACGACCUGAGAAUCCGCCGCAGAACCGAACUCAUGCAGACGAGUCGGAAGAAAAACUGGCUAAAAAAACAAGUUUGAGCAAAACUGCGAAAUUUAAGGAGAAAAAAAAAUAACACCAACAGGAAAAAAGAAAACUGACAGGUGUGAGCUGUGGCUGACGCCCCCUUUAACGUGAUUGCUGUGAACUCACACACUUGACGGACACAAAACAUGGGAUUUAAAAAAAAGUCCUUCUCUGCGGACAUUCGCCGAGCGCUCGAGCUCCAGGGAGCCUCGACCACCCCCGCCACCACCUCCGACGUCGGCCGACGUCCGUCUGACAUGUGGACUCGCGGACUUCAAAGAAGGCACAGAGAAUCUUCACUUUCCUCCGUUUAAUCACGUCUUUGUUUUUGUUUUUUUCGUGGACGGAGUUGGGGGCGGAGCAAAGGGAGGAGGCGUGGAAACCAGGCUCUCGUGUUUUUUGUUUUGUUUUUAGUUUCUCCAGGUUUACACGGCACGGUGCAGACCACCAUGAUUAUCCUUAUCCUUAUUAUUAUUAUUCUAAUGAUCAUAUUAUUAUUGUUACCUUCAUUCAUAUCAUAUUUGUUGAGCGUCAGCAGUUUCCACAAACCUAUCACAAUAAAAGUCCCGAUUCCACGAG